UUUCAGACGGAUUUCCUUCUAAACGAUGGGUAAGAGUGAGAUAACGUGGGACCUGAUGAUAGAUAAAACUCUCUCUUUUUCUCUUUGGUGUUUCCAGUGCAGGUUUGCAGAGCAGACAGAACAGGAGUUCUCCAGAGAUAGAGCCGAGUUCCUCCAGACCGGAGCAGAUGGACCAGAAGACCACCACGACAGAACAGAUGAGACCAAGACAGAAAGAGAGGAGAGACAGACAACACAGACAGGAAACCUGUGAAGAGAUGAUGAUGCAGAACAAGAUUCAGCUUGUUGUUUUUCUCGCAGGAAUUCUGUCGAAGGCUUCGUGUGACCUGCAGCGUUUUGUCCUGAUCCAAGACCCAAAGACCUGGACAGAAGCUCAAUCGUACUGUAGAAGGAUAUGUGUGGAUCUGGCGACGGUUCAGAGCGAUGAAGACAUAACCAAACUAAAGGAGGCAGCGAACGCUGAGAACUUCCCAUCUGACGCCUGGAUCGGUUUCUCCAGAGAUGUUUGGCGUUGGUCGUAUCAAAACAUGCCGGUCAGUAAUGCAAAGUGGGAUUCUUUUCAGCCAGAUUUGCCCGACACAGAUGUGGCCUGUGGGAAUAUAAACAGCAAAGGACGAUGGGGUGACAGAACUUGUACUGACGCAGACAACUUCUUUUGCCAACUUGACAACCAGAACACACUUCAAGACAAGUUUGAGUACAUCGACAGCGUGAGGUUAAGCUGGCAUGAUGCUCAAACGUACUGCAGAACACACUACACAGACCUGGCCGCCGUUACAGACGGACGCGAGAGAACACGUUUCGCGAGCGAGCUUUCUUCACGGAACCUCAACGACGCCUGGUUCGGCCUUGGAAGUCUACGCAGCCUGAUAACUUGA